CCCGGCUGGCUCGACGGUGGCACCCCAAAUCGCCUUAUGGUUGUUUAGACUUCAACGGGUUUUUUUUUCUAUGUCUGUGGGAAUUUGUUUGGUCGAAGGCACGAAGAGAUAAGGAACGGGAACUACGAAAAGCUUCUCUUUUUUUCGUCAAAUUUGAAGAUACCGGGCCUUCGCAUCAAAUUAAAGACAUACUUCGUACCCCCGACCCUGUGAUACAAGUGUUGUUGUCGUCCUGUGACGGAUUUAUCCUCUCAGCUGACCGGUGUAAGGAGGAGAGGAAGCAAAGAUGCCGAAACCAAUCAAUGUCCGUGUGACCACCAUGGAUGCAGAGUUGGAGUUUGCCAUCCAACCUAAUACGACAGGAAAACAGCUCUUCGACCAGGUGGUGAAGACAGUGGGUCUGCGGGAGGUCUGGUUCUUUGGCCUACAGUACGUGGACAGUAAAGGAUAUAUCACCUGGCUCAAACUCAAUAAGAAGGUGACCCAGCAGGAUGUGAAGAAAGAGAACCCUCUGCAGUUUAAGUUCAGAGCCAAAUUCUUCCCAGAGGAUGUCUCAGAGGAGCUAAUCCAGGAGAUCACACAGAGACUCUUCUUCCUCCAGGUGAAGGAGGCCAUCCUGAAUGAUGAGAACUACUGUCCCCCAGAGACAGCUGUGUUACUGGCGUCCUACGCUGUCCAGGCCAAGUAUGGAGACUACACCAAAGAUGUCCACAAGCCUGGCUACCUCACGCAUGACAGACUGCUUCCUCAGAGAGUCCUGGAGCAACACAAGCUGACCAAGGAGCAAUGGGAGGACAGAAUACAGACUUGGCACGAAGAACACAGAGGAAUGCUCAGAGAGGACUCGAUGAUGGAGUAUCUUAAAAUUGCCCAGGACUUAGAGAUGUAUGGCGUCAACUACUUUGAGAUCAAAAAUAAGAAGGGCACACAGCUGUGGCUGGGUGUGGAUGCCCUAGGCCUCAACAUCUAUGAACAUGAAGACAAGUUGACACCAAAGAUUGGCUUCCCCUGGAGUGAGAUCCGCAACAUCUCUUUCAAUGACAAGAAGUUUGUCAUCAAACCUAUUGACAAGAAAGCACCUGACUUUGUGUUUUAUGCCCCGCGACUGCGCAUCAACAAGCGUAUCUUGGCAUUGUGUAUGGGUAACCAUGAACUGUACAUGAGGAGGAGAAAGCCCGACACAAUUGAGGUGCAGCAGAUGAAGGCUCAGGCCCGGGAGGAGAAGCACCACAAACAGAUGGAGAGGGCCCAGCUGGAGAAUGAGAAAAAGAAGCGAGAGCAUGCAGAGAAAGAGAAGGAAAGGAUAGAGCGUGAGAAAGAUGAGCUCAUGGAGAGGCUAAGACAGAUCGAAGAGCAGACGAUGAGAGCCCAGAAAGAGCUCGAGGAACAGACUCGCCUGGCAAUGGAGCUGGAGCAGGAGAGAAAGAGAGCAAGGGAGGAGGCCGAGAGGCUGGAGAGAGAGAGGCAAAUGGCUGAGGAGGCCAAGGCAGAGCUGGCCAAACAGGCUGAGGACCAGCAAAAGAACCAGGAGCAACUGGCUGCUGAACUGGCAGAAUUCACAGCCAAGAUCGCUCUUCUGGAGGACGCCAAGAGGAAGAAAGAAGAUGAGGCCACAGAAUGGCAGCACAAGGCUCUGUCAGCCCAGGAGGACUUGGAGAAGACCAAAGAGGAGCUGAAGACUGCAAUGACAGUGGUGCCAGCACCUCCUGGUGGCCAUGCUGAGAGUGAGCAUGAUGAGCAGGAUGAGAACCACGCAGAAGCCAGCGCUGAGCUUUCCAACGAGGGCGUAAGCCAGCUAGACCUCCGCAGCGAAGAGGCGCGCAUCACUGAAGCCCAGAAGAACGAGAGGGUUAAGCAACAGUUGCAGACAUUAAGUUCAGAGUUGGCCCAUGCCAGAGAUGAAACCAAGAAGACACAGAACGAUGUGCUACACGCUGAGAAUGUGAAAGCAGGCCGAGACAAAUACAAAACGCUGCGCCAGAUCCGACAGGGAAACACGAAGCAACGCAUCGAUGAAUUUGAGUCCAUGUGAGAACAGCACCUCUCUCCCCUCGACCCGCUUUCCCUCAGGGGUACCUGUUCCCGAACUUUCCCCUCAGCGGCUGCUCAAUUUUCAUGGACAACAGAUGCUGCCGUCCUUGUUAUCCCAGUGAGUCCCUCUCAACACACCGAAGCAAUCUUGAGAAAUUAUCUUGUCAAACUUUGCCAAAGUCCUGUCCCACAUCUCCACUCAAAAAGUUUGAAAAUCUCCGAUAUGGAGCUGCUUACCUGCCACUUUGAACAAGCAAAUAUCGUCGAACUGCAGAGGUCAUCUGUAAUCGUUAAGCACAGGGGAAAAGAAAAACUGUAAAACCAAAAUGGAAGUAAUUGGAUUUUUUUUUUUAUUUUUGAGCAAAAUGGCCAUAGAAAGCUACUUUUGUUGUUUUUGUUUUGCUUAAUGACUUGUAUGCAAAGCUUUAGUAUGAUUCCAAUGUCUUCAGUUAAAGAUUACCUGUCCUCUCCUUGUUUUUAAGUUCUUUUCCUCUCCUUUUGUUUGACUCGUUUUAUCGAUGAUACCCUUCUUUUUAGUUGUCUGUUGAACAAAAUUAGGAGUUUGGGAAUAAAUUAGGUCACUAUUUUCAUUCAUUGUCAAAGCGCUGCUAUGUUACAUCAUAUCACAUUUCACAUGCUAAAUAUGCUAAUUCGCCUGGCAUCUGUAAGUCAUUUCACUCUACUCAGUCGUUCAAACUAUUACCUACACAUUAAUAGGUUUAUAUAAAAUGAAACUGCAGUAUUUUAAUAGUUUUAUUUGAGGCUGAAUAUCAAGAAUAGCAAUAUUUUCCAAUUUUGAUUUAAAAAAUCCUUUUUGCGAAUGAAAUUGAAGUCAAUUGACGGUCGUAGGGAAAAGAGUGACCCAACUUGUCGCAUGGCAGGUUUUGAUGAACGAAUGUAGCAAAGGUAACAAAGGGAAAGUGUUUUUUACAUGCAGAGGUAAUAGGACAGCAUGUAAUGAGCUUGUGCCACUGAGCUAUCGCCCUCAAGCUUAAAAGUGUUAUGAAGAUAAGCUAAUUGGUUGUAGUGUAGCCGUGUGUUUCUGUGUGUGUGUGUAUUUUCCAGUUGCAUCCCAGUGUUUCAUUCCCAGUCACCAUAGAUGGUUUUCUCUGCCUACCAGCUCACAAAGGAACCCAGGGUAUUAAAUGGAAAGACAGAAGAACAGACAGAUGAGUAAUGUGUUCAGGCUGUUUGUCUGUCUGUCCAACUGUGUGAGUGUUAGUCUGUUUGUGUGUGUGUGUGAGAGAGAGUAUAUAUGGAUAUGUACAGGUAUGGCUGUUGACGCCUGGCACCUCUCUGGCUGGGGAGCUUAUGAAAACAUCAGUCCUCAACCCGGGACAAAUCUCUACCUCAGUAAUGUUAGCAGUGGUGACUGACAGUCAAACACUCAGGGUGUCAUCCCCCCGUCCCUUUUCAAAAGAACAAAACAAAAAAUAAAGUCAUGAUUUUACUCGGUUGCUGUUACAUCCUUGGGCGGUGCUCCUGGGCAGGCUACGUUUUGUCUGUACGUUGGUAAAGUGAGAUCCAGUUUGAAAAGUGUUAUUUCUUUCAUAUGAAACUAGUUUUACUAAAUGGUCUCUCCGUGCUCCUGGCCUUGCUCAGAUGUUUUUGUUCAUUUCUCAUUUUGUCCGAAAAACAAUGAGGAAGGUGAAAUAAAUAAUGUUAUAAAUAUCAGAAUGGAGAUGUACUAAAUACAGGGCAUUUUCAGAAGAAGCCAGGUCUAUUUGUCGUUCCCUGACUGAGUCCUGCGAUGUGUUUGGGUUCUUUGGAGUCUAUAGAGCCAGUUGGACACGAGAACUCUUAAAGAAGGUUCUUCUGUAAAUUGAUUAAAAGGGCCUUCAGUGUGCUCAGAACUUUUCUCUCCUCUUUGAGAAUUUAACUUUAAGGAGACAGUUUGCAGACCUGCAGUGAAUUCUUGGCACUGAGAGACAUGUAUUCAUAAAGAGAUGAGUUAUUGUUCUUAAUGUGAAGGGACCUCAUUAUUGUGAUUUGUGCAAAUCUCUCUCCAGAAUAUAAUGGAGCAUAGGCCAAUUUCUUCCCCUAAAAUUGUAUUAUAAAUUCUCAUCUAACAACAUUGUUUGUGCUCAGACAACAAAUUGAUUCUAUAUUUUGUGGGGUGGAAAGUAUGUUCCAGGGUGCAUUUUUGAAAUGAGUGAACAUUACGUUUUCCUUUUUUUUUUUUUUUUUUUUUUUUUUUAAUUAACAAUAUGAAAAAUGUUUAUGGUAUUAUUUGUUACGCUAUACUUGACAGCUGGUGUGGGUUGACAUUUUUUUAAUAGUUUGAGUUUUAAAGUAAAAGCACUUGUAUGAAACAAGACACUGAAGCCUGCCUUUUGUGUUUAACUUCACAGUGUCCAUUGUUAGUGUUGUGUUUGCCAUAGCAGGUGAAAAAAAAAAAAAGAUCCUGUGCUUCCAGCUCAUAUUUUUGUAUUGUGUUCAAAGACCCUAAACCAGCAGCACGCAUCGCUAUACUGCACAGCUUCACUGGAGGGGAAAACUCCUGUUGACAUGUGCACGCCCCCAGACCUUCCACAAUCAAGCUGUAAGCUUCAGUUGGACUCUGUCUCUCUGUCCAACAGAAUAAUAUUAGCCAGCCUGUCCCCUCCAAUGAAGCCAGCGUCUAUGAUGAUGACUGCUCUGGCACCAGCUGUCAUGUUUUGCAGUUUGUUUGCUUUUUUUUCUCCUAAUGUACAUGUUACUAUUCUUUAAGAUAGAAGGCACAGAUGGAUUGCAGUCUAUUUCAUUGGUUCACAAAUAAAAGUUUUAAAUUUUGA